AUGAACCUGUUACUAAUGGGUGGUGAUGGCUCUAUUAGGGUUGUCAUUAUCGUCAAGUGGAGAAAGCUGCAAGGAGGUGUCUCGGGGACUGUCGAGCUCUUUAACAGAGACCGAAACGAUAUGCCCAGAUGUGAACAAAGCGAAAGUAUCUUCCCCCGCCCUGCCACUGGAAAUAAUCAACGGCUAGGGAUUCGACGACGUGAUAUCUUUGGGCCGGCGCUAUUAGAUGACAACAGCGGGAAUGAUAUCUUCUACCUGGAUGUCGAGCGACUGCGUGGUUAUGCCGCCGAAUCCCUUCACUUCAUGAACCUUGUUCCGGCAUAA